AUGGUAGAAAUUAGGGGUAUGCUGCAACAAAUCAUUAGAACAAAUGGUAAGAUGCAGGAAAGGUUGGCAGCGCAUGACUCAGCAAUUAAGGGUAUUGAAACUCAACUGCGGCAGCUGUCCAUGGCCUUGAAUAACCGCCCCCAGGGAACAUUGCCAGCCGACAUGAACAUUAACCCCAAGGAGCAAAACCCGAAUCAGCUAAUGGUAGUAAGUCUCCGGAAUGGGAGAGAUUUAGACAAGGAGCAAGAAGUUGUUCAAUCAAGAAGAGAGACUACACCAGCCACUCCAGUUCCAGUAGAGAUAGAUGAAUCAGCAGAACUCACUGAAGUGGUGGUUGAACAGGCUCGGGUUGAUAAAGGCUAUGCAAAGAUGAUGAAGGAUCUGAUGUCAUGGAAAUUUGACUUUCAGGACCGGUCCAAAGUAACUCUGACACACACAUGUAGCGCAGUAGUGACACGACCCAUGGCUCAAAAGAUGUUCGAUCCAGGUAGCUUCACUAUUCCGUGUACUAUUGGGAGUUAUGCUUUUGCAAAAGCAUUGUGUGACUUAGGAGCCAGCAUAAACUUGACGCCUUUGGCGAUAUAUACAAAACUGGGCAUUAGCAGAGCUAGACCGACUUCGAUGCUGUUGCAACUGGCUGACCGCACGGUUAAAAGACCGACGGGGAUUCUUGAUAAUGUGCUGGUACAAGUGGGAAAGUUUGUAUUCCCUGCAGACUUUGUUAUUCUGGACUGUCAGGUAGGUGAGGAGAUACCCAUAAUUCUUGGGAGGCCAUUCUUAGCCACUGGGAAAACGUUGAUUGAUUGUGAAACUGGGGAAUUAAAAAUGAGGUUAAACGAUGAAGAAGUAAUAUUCAACGUUGAAUAA